UGAGGCUAAGCUCGCGCGCAGAUCUCUCUCCCCCCGCGAGCGCCAUGUACGGCAAGGGGCACGUCGACCAGGAUGCCUUCGCAUCCACCACCCAAAGCGCCAGUGCCUCGCAGCCGAAUGCGCCAGCGACAAGCAGGGCCAAACAGGCGGCAAGACAGACCAAGCAACACGCCAAGACAGCCACAAACGGUGCCACAGCCGCUCCCUCGAGCCAGGCGAGGCGCGUCGGGCCGCCGGCAGUCGAGAAGGUCUCGCCCACCAGGGUGAAUGUGGAGCUACUGAAUGAGGCGGCGGCACUGCUCGAGAAGCAGGGCGACAAAAGCCGUGAGAAUGCCGGCGUUGCCUUCAUAGAGCGGUUCGUCAAGGGCUUCAACUGGUUCAUGGCGAGCGAUGGCGUGGCCAGGAGGUUCACCAGCCUGCUGCUUGACAUGCUGGCGACCAACGGCGAUGCCACCUCGAUGGUGCUCGCGCAGCUUGUCAAGAAACUCAGGAUGAGGUGAGUGAGUGGGUGGGUGGGUGGACAGACUGACAUUGGAUGGAUGGAUGGAUGGAUGGAUGGCUUGAUGCUUUCAGGCCGAGUGACGAGGAGCUCGACGCCAAGACACCGACGAUUGUCGUCGGUGAGUGAGUAAUGAAUGACAGAGCGGGAGGGACACUCACACACGUCAUCCAUCUGGCUUGUCGCCUCCCUCUCUCGCUCUCUCUCUCUCUCUGUGUGUGUGUGUGCGUGUGUGUGUGUGUGUUGUGUGUCAGGUCGGUUUUCGUUUGAGUCCAGGGUGGCCCUGAAGCAGCGGAUACGGACCAUCAUGACCGAUGCAGGUACGCAACACAGACAGACAGACAGACAACACACUCUGUGUAUGUUUCUCUGUGUGUGCGUGUGUGCGUGUGUGUGGCAUCCAUCCCUUCACACACCUGACCUGUCAGCCGACGGUGAGGAUCUGAAGGGCGAGGAUUUCGAGCUCUUGCGAGAGGUCCUGAGGUACCAUCCCAGAGCCGACUACAAACAAAAAGGUAAGGCGCGUUUGACGCCCGACGGCCGAUCGGCCUCUCUCUGUGGAGUGGCGAUGUGUGUGUGUGUGUGUGUCUGUCUACAGACUGUGUGGGUAUCUUCGUGGCCCGCCAUCCGAAUGUCAAGUUCGACUGCCGGGCAUUCUUCGUCCGGAGGAGCGUCGGUGAGUUAGUUGAGGGAGGGAGGUAGGGAGCUGUUGAGUCAGGCAUGCAUUGACCCAACCCAAGCCAGCUCACACCACACCACACCACACACACAAGCCAACGAACACACCACACCACCCUGUGUCUGUCUGCUGCUGCAGGAAUGCACGAGGACUUCAGCUACGUCCGGUGUGUGGACGGCCUCCCCUCCGCGGACGCCUACGCCUACGAGAGGAUAUGCGACGCCAUCGACCGUGUCUGCAGCUUCUUCCCACAGGCCACCCAGCUGCUGGUCAAGGUCCUGGGCGACAACCAGCCGCACCACCGCAAGAACGUCGAGGAGCACCAGAACUACACCCGCAGCAUGCUCUGGCUCUGCAGACGCAAGCCGCAGAUGCGCGCGGGGAUACUCAAGCUCUUCAUUGCGAGGCUCAUCGACUUCGACGUCGAGAUUAAAGAGGUGUUGUCGGGCGUGGUGUGGUGUGCUGUGGUGUGGAUGGGCGGGUGAUGAGUGUGCGUGUGUUGUGUUGUGUUGUGUUGUGUUUGUGUGUAGGACGAUCCCAACUCGAUAGACAUUGAGGAGUACGAGCUGUGGAAGCGCGAGCAGCUCAACUUCCUCUCUGUCCAGGUGUCCGUCGGCGCCAAAGACCCCGCAGAGGCACAAAAACUCCUGAGUGAGUCAGCCAGCCAGUCAGCCAAAUCACAUCACAUCACACACACCGACACGUCAACAUCAACACUGCCUGACGAAUGAGUGAAUGAAUGCACCGAACCAUCCAUCAGAUGACGAGGAGCGCCUCCGCCAGCUCUACCGGAUGAGGCGGGGCGAGGAGGACAUCGACAAAAUGGCACAGGGCCUGGGUAAGUCAGUGAGCGACAUCAACACGCGUGUACUGUACGUGACAAUGAUUGGCCCAUGUCCUCUCCCUCCCUUUCCCGUCUCCAUUUCAGACCACCUCAUGUCGAUGGGCUUCGACUUCCUGCAAGCCGAGCUGCUCUCGCUCAGCCACAGCCCGCCCGUUAACCCGAUCAAACCAGAUCCCGACACAGACGGGGCCACACCACCACAGCCACAACAGCCACAACAGCAGCAGCAGCAGCUGCAGCAGCAGGCCUCCAGUAUCAGCAGCAAGAGGGGCCGGGGUUUGAGUGUGGCGCACUGUGAGGGCGACGUGCUCAUGGACGAGCUGCUGAUGAUCUUCGAGCAGAUCGUCUUGCCCACACACAGGUGAGGUGCCUGCACACACACACACACACACAUACACACCCUCAGACAAACAGGGGAGGCGCGUGUGAUGGUGUGGUGGUUGUUCUUUCUUGUGGUCUCUCUCUGUGUGUUGGUUGCAUCGCAUCAAUCCCCUAGGUGCCGUCACACCCAGUUUCUGCUCUUCUACGCGACGAGCCUCAAGCCGGCGUGGGCGGAGCGGUUUCUGCAGCUCCUCUUUGACCGCCUCUAUGACUCCAACGUAUACGUCGCCACGGUACGUGACGUGAAUAUAUGUGUGUGUAAACACCCACAAGCCUUCUCGUCUCUGUGAGUGAGUGCCUUCAUCGUCCGUGUGUCUGUCCCUCGUUCGAUGCCAGCGUCGCAAGUGCGCCUUCUACAUCGCUUCCUACGUCUGUCGGGCUGAGUUCCUGCCGGUGAGCAACCAGCCAACACCACACCACACCACACCACACCAAUGCCAAUGGAUGCAUCAGUCAGAGGCAGUGCGUGUGGAUGGAUGGAUGGUCUGGUGGGUUUGGUUUCUCUUGCUUUUUGCCUUUCGUUCCUCUCAUCAGCUGGAGUUUUCCCGGCAGAGCCUGGUCUACCUUCUGGGGUUCCUGCACCAGCACUGCAACAAACUCGCCAUCACCAACACACCCCACAACGUCCGUGAGCCAACAGAACAGCCAGCCACUGACUUGACCCAACACAUCACAUCACAUCACAUCACAUCACAUCACACACACGCGCCUGUCUCGGGGGGUGAGGUGCACUUCUCUCUCUUGAAUCAGACGGCGGAGCGGGCGGCAGGUUUAUUGCGCGCCGGCAGCGCGUCGGCCUACCCCAUCAACCCCGAAGGCAACCGCACCCUCUUCUACGCGGUGUGCCAGGCCGUCUGCUACAUCGUCUGCUACCACGGCGCCGCCUUUAUGGCCGACACAAGGAACGGCGGGCUCGACUCCAUCCUGCAUGGAGAACAGUCGCUCAUCGCCAUCUUGCAGAGCCCCUACAGGCCGCUUGCGAACAUACGCAAGGGAAUCGCCACGUGAGCUGAGUGUGUUUCUGUUUGUUCUGUUUGUGAGGGUGCCGGUGGGGUGCAUGGCGUGGCGCGGCGUGUUGUGCGUGGGUGUGGUUGUCAGGGAGCUGAGGAACUUGUUCCAUCGUCUGCCGGGGUACGAUUACCUCAGGCCGCUGUUCGAGCAAGACGCUGCGGUGGGUCGGUGGGCGGACGGGAUUGACACACACACACUCCCUGCUCCUUCGUGUCAAUCCAAUCCACCACCUUGUUUGUUCUUGUCAGGGCGGCGGCGGCGACCACGGCGGGGGCGAGCUGGAAGCAAUGACAGACGACUCAUUCGGUGAGGGAGUGCAGCAAACACACCGAAGACCCACAGCGGCAGGAAAUAUCGGAAUCCCAUGCCGUUGCUCUCUCUGUUUUGGUGGGUGGAUGCCUCGCAGAUCCUGUGGAUGCGAUGUUUCCCUUCGGUCCCUACCGUCUGCGCCACUCGGUGCGGUUCGUGCAGGACAAGUACCGUGACUACGCCGCGCCCGCCCUGGCAGACAUAAAGGCAGAGGGCACCACACAGUUGGCCCUCCCCGACCAGGCUGCCAUCAGGAACACCAGCAUGACCAGCAGCUCGGUAAGACAUACAGACAGACGUGCUGCUUGACAAGAGGGUGUCUGGAUGGAUGGAUGGAUGUGCACUCUCUCUCCCUCUGUCUCUCUGUGUGUGUGUGUGUGUGUGUGUGUGUAUCAGGGUGGUGGGGUCGGCAGCAGUGAGGGUGGGCGUGAUUCUGAGGCGCUUGUGGGGAUGGAGGAGGCCAUUAUCUAUGAGGAGGAGGAUGACACUGAGGGGUUCGAUAGGCUGCAGGUACACACAUUCACUCUCACACACACGGACCGACAAGAAACGCGUCACUCUUUUCCACGUGUAUGUGUGUGGAUUGCGCCCUUUUCUUCAGUCCGACCGUCGGGUGACGGCCAUGACGGCGAGUAUGUGCGAGGAGGAUGACGAGGACGAAGACGCACCCAUGUCAGACGACCACGGAGAAGACGAGGACGACGGUAAGAGUAGAGUGUAUGCCACGCCAUGCCAUGCAAUGCCUUGCCCUAUCUGUCGUGACUCCGUUCCUUUCUGCACCCCUCCUGUGUGUGUGUCUGUGUCUGUGGGUGUGCAGUGUUCAGCCCCGACCUGAAGCCCUCGGCCUCCUUCUUCCCCCGACCUGAAGCCCUCAGCCCCCUGCUGGCCACCAAGGAUGGCGGCCCCAUGCUGGCAGACAGCGACCCUGUCGACGCCACCCAGCACCACGACACACACCACGAGUGCGACAUGCAACUCAUGGACAUUGACGUAAGCGCGCUUGCGAAGGCAACGAGGCGGGCAAGGAGGAAGGCAUGGCAACAUUCCCUCGUGUGUGUGUGUCUCUUGGGUGCAGGAGGAGGGCGAAGAGGCGUAUGAAGCAGACGAGCCCUUCACGAUCGAGCCCUUCACGAUCGAGCCCUCCGCACACACGCUGUCAUCGUCCCUCCGCCAGACCACCCCCCUCCCGCACUCGCCCAACAUGUCCCCUCCCCUCCCAGCACUCAACCCACCGCACACGCCCGAGUCACCCAAGCCGCCCGAAGGCCCCUCGUCAUCUCUCGAGCGCAUCCUGCAGUGCCCCGCCUUCAAACGGUCGGGCUUGCGUGGCACCAGCAGCAGAGACUCAGACGAGUGUGAGUCACCCGAGAGCCGUCGGUCGAGCCUCCGGGAGCGGCCCUGGAGCUACGACCACAGCCCGGGCCACUCUUUCCGCAACGACACGCCGGGCAGCUCGGUGCUCGAGACGCCAAUGCUGCAGAAUGGCGCGACGAAGAGGGAGUUCUCGCCGCCCUUUGAGUCGCUCCCGCCCCCACUGACGACGUCGACAGUGACAAAGGCAGCAGCCAUGGGCGGUAUGAUGCUGCGGGAGUCGUUCCGGGCGGCCAGCGGCCCGCUCCCGCCCACGUCGCCGCUGUCACUCAAGGGCAAGAUGCUGAACCCUAGGGGUCUCUUCACACAUGGCAAGAUGCCCACUCAGACGAGACGGCCAGGCCGCAAGAAUUCGACAGGGAGCGAGGGGUCGUCGAGCAGCUGCCUGAGCAGCACCGCAGGCAAGGGCGGCAAGGGCGGGCGGAACAAGGCCGGGCUGGUGAGGAAGACCAUGAAGGAAGAUGGCGGCGCAUAAUAAAUAUGCACAGACAGAGGCAGGUGGGCAGAUGGGGAGGUGGGCGGGCUAGACGGUGGUCACAAGAGAGAGAGAUGGGACGGGCCAGCCAGGUCAGCAGCAGCAGGGUGUCUUGCUUGCUCAUACAGCAAGGGCGAUAAGAUCACUCACGCCGCUGUCUGUCUGUCUGUCUGUCUGUCUGUCGGUUUAUGUGGCCGUCAAUCCAUUCAUCCAUUCAUCCAUCCAUCCAUGCAGUGGUUGGUCGGGGCGGGAUAAGGUGUGUGUGGCUCGGCGUGGGGUCUAUGUGCCUGUGGUGUCGGUGAGUGCUGUUUUUUUUUGGUCGUUCGUAUCGGUCUCAACGUUGGGCUGGGGGGGAUGUUUCUCUCUCAGUUGGGCUGAUUGACUGAUUCCAUGUCCAUGUCCAUGUCUC